AGGAAAUCCUAUAGACGCAAAAUCUAUAUAAGUCUAAGAAAAUGCCAAGAGAAAAAGAAUAUCCAGAAGCAUCAGAAACAAUCAAGCUCAUCUCAUCUCUUCAAGUCCAACACUCCCAACUCAACCCUCAUCAUGAAGUUCACUCUCUUCCUCGCUGCCGCCAGCCUUGCCCUCGCUGCUCCUGGCACCAAGCUCACUCCCCGUGACACUUCCCCCGUUGUCCCUCGCUCUGCCCGCCGAGCCAAGUACAGCUCUCACCCCAACCAGAGACUUUGGUCUCUUGACUCCGAGGCUCGCACCAAGAACGACCAGUACUCUGGCAACUGGGCUGGAGCUGUCCAGAUCGGCAGCGGAUACAACAAAGUCCAGGGCACCAUCACCGUCCCUGAGGUCAGCGGUGCCGACGGCGCUGCUGCCUCUGCUUGGGUUGGUAUUGACGGAGAUACCUGCCAGACUGCCAUUCUCCAGACUGGUAUCUCCUUCUACGCUGAUGGAUCCUUCGAUGCUUGGUAUGAGUGGAUUCCCGACUAUGCCUACAGCUUCAGCAACUUUGACGUCUCUGUCGGCGAUCAGAUCCGCAUGACCGUUGAUGCUUCCUCCAAGACCAAGGGUGUUGCUACCCUUGAGAACUUGACCACCAACCAGAAGGUCACGCACAGCUUCACCAACACUCCUUCUACCCUCUGCGAGACCAACGCUGAGUGGAUUGUUGAGGCUUUCCAGGAGGGUGGUAGCCAGGUUGACCUUGCCAACUUUGGCACUGUCACUUUCACCAAUGCUGUUGUCUCUGGAACCAAGGGUACUUCUGGUCCUUCUGGUGCUCAGAUCAUUGACAUCUCUCCUGACCAGGGCCAGACUGUCCAGGCUGUUGGUUCUAUCACCAGCAACUCUGUUACUGUGAAGUAUGUUGGUAACUAGAGAUGAGGAGGAUUUUAGCUUGAUUGUUGACUGGAAAUUACUUGGAUGAGUUGCAUGAAAUAAGAUGUGAAAGUUCGGUACAUAUUACGGAAGUGUUGAAGAUGGAGAGAGGUUGGAUCGAGUUAGUACUUCAAAGUAUAUAUAAAUUGGAUAACGUACAUGGCUG